GAGAACAACAACAACAACAAGAAAACAUCGAUUUUUAAUCAAAGAAAAGAAAGAAGAAGCGAUAUGGGUCUCUCUAAGGCACGCAAUCUACUCUUAGUCCUCGUGAUCACUGCUUACCUCUUUUCCGGGACUGCUCAUGCAUGGAGCUGGAGCUGGGGUUCUGGCCAAUCCGGUUCUAACUGGGGAUGGGGUUGGGGCUCUGACGAUAACUCUGGCUCGGGUUCAGGUGGUGGUUCAAGCUGGGGUUGGGGAUGGAGCUCGAACGGAACAGAUACAAACUGGGGUUGGGGAAGCAGCUCUGGCUCAAGUGGCACCGGGUCUACACAUAGAAGCUACCACAACCACACGGCCCCAUCAAACCACUCGAACGGCAGUGGUAGUAUUGGCUCUACACACAACAACCACACGGCUCAAGUAUCGCCUAGAAGAAAGAUUGAGGGUAGUGUGUGGAAGAACGGAUUCGAUUACCAAGAAUGGGCUUCAAAGCAUGCACCCUUCCACACCAACGAUGUCCUUUCUUUCAAGUACAACGAUAAAAGUCAAUCCAAGACGAAGAAGCACAACAACAAGAACGAUGUCUACUUGCUUCCAGACUUGAAGAGCUACAAGAGAUGCGAUGUGAGCAGAGGCAAGAAGCUAGUCGCAAGAGGAGGCUCAUCAUUAGGGUUUAAGUUGCUUCUCCGCAAGACUCCUGAGACCUACUACUUCGCUAGUGGAGACCACAAUGGCUGCAACCACAGCAUGAAGUUCUCUGUCUCCCCGAUUCCUCGUUCUUCUUCACACACUAAACCCUAAAUAUCACUUCACUACUUUGUUUCCUUGUUAGAUUCUGUUUGGUUUAUAUUUUUUUAAUUUGUUUCUUGUGCUUCAUGUCAA